AUGGAGAACGACAUCAACAACACCCUCGCCUUCGACCUUGCCCUGCAGUUUGUGCCAACGCGGACCGGCCCGGUAGAAGACGCGGUGGCGCAGGCGAUGGAGAGAAGCAUUCUGCAUGUGGCAGUGAUGGUUUGUAUGUACUUGAUCACCACUGCUUUGGGGACCUUGAUGCUAUUCUGUGCUGGCAAAGCCAAAGCAGUACCAAAGCGAAAGAGAACAUCAAGGAAAGACAGCCUGUCAUCGAAAACGAGCGAGGAUGAGAUGGCGGUGCGCGUAGAGGAGGAGGUGCCAGACCCCGACGACGAAGCUAAAGAACCUGACCUUCUACAACUACCCAUCAGCUUGCAGUACCAGAAAGCCUUUGUGGUGGGCGUGUAUUGCUGCAAUUUUCUCUUGUGCCUGGCGGCAGGCGUCGGCAGCACGUUGACGGGGCUAUUGAGCCCGGAGCUCGGGCUAGCUUGGGAAUUCUACACGGUGCAUUUUGCAUGUGGAUGUCUUUGGAUGCUUGCGCAGGCUGCCCUUGCGGCGUACAUGUUGCCGCCUGGAAGACGCUAUGCAAACACUGCCUUCUUGGAAGCGACCUUCCUUGGUAUUUGCCCUGUAACCUCAGAUGCCUUUGAUACGUUGAAAGACGUGAGCUUCGGGUUCCUUUGCUUCGCUGCCGACAACCUCAUUGUGAAUGCGGUCGGCUUGAUAUCACUGCUUUGGCUGCUCAUGUUUCACGCAAUUCUCUUCCGGGACCAAGCUUUCCGCCAGUGGUUCGCCGAGAACCACGUCUCAGUAUUGGCUUUGCGAACGCUGCCGGCCGAUGCCGAUGAUUCGCCAAACCCUUUAAAGAUCCCAUAUUCAGAAAACUGGCCAGAUGAAGUGGCAAAGAUGAUGGCGGACAAAAAGCCCACUUCGUACUUUCUCUGCACAAAAGCUGGCAAGACGAUCCCAUUUGUUGCCGACGGUGCGCCGGGAGAGCUGACCAAAACCACCCGAGUCGACGAUGCCGACUUUCCUAUUGAACUUGUGUGCCAGGUCCAAUACUCAGAUCAUUUGGCAGCUGACGUGAAAGAAUUCAUGGCGGACAAAAGUCCCACUUCGUACUAUCUCUGCACGCGAAAUGGCAAGAGGAUCCCAUUCGUUGCCGACAGUGAGCCGGUAAAGCUGACCAGAGAGCCCAAUGUCGACGAGUUUCCUGUGGUCUUCGUCUACCAGGUUUCUUGGAUGGAAUGGGCCGCGGGCUUGAGUGCAGAGAUCCUGCAGUACAUUUACAAGCAACUCACACCUUUAAAGAGAAAGAUGCUCCUGUGGGAGAAUUUGCCGCAAGGAGUUAUGGCAUGUAUUUACCUGGAAGUGGUUGGUGGCAGUGUCAUGGUUGCGCUCCUGAACUUGGCCGUGCCCACGGUCCAAAUCAUUUGCACUUUGGCUCUCUUCCAUCCUGUCCAGCGCCUCAUUGUGGCCAAGUUUGCCGAGCAGAUCGACAUUGCUUUCCAAGAAUCAGACUUGGUGGAAUUCCACCGGCUGAGGACCGAGGCAGAAUUGGACUCCGAAUCCGGGCUAUUUCGUGAGAUUUGUCCUCACAGUAAGCGUUUGAACGGCUUCAUUCCAGACUUAGAUGAGUCUGAUGAGGGUAGAAGGGUACACGAAGCCUGGGCAAGAUCUCGGUGGAUUCUCCUCGACUGCUUCGAUUCUAUGAGAAGCAAUCCUCACAACGCCCACUACGGGGAAUUAGAGAUUGUUGGAGAGCUCCAGGGCAAGCAGAGUACACACCUCGAAGGCAUAGUGGCCAUCUUCUCGGCUUUCCAUCUGGAGGGGGUCGAAAUCCUCAAGAUGAACUCAAAUAACAUUUCAUCGAAGUGGUCAAAGGAUCUGGCCAAAGGCCUGAUCAGAAACACAACAAUUACCCACCUUGACAUGUCUGGCAAUCACAUUCGAGCCGCGGGCACGAAGGCCUUACUGCAUGCCCUUGGCGACAAUGACCUGCAAUUUCUUGCAUUGUGUGGCAAUGACUUGGGUCUUAAAGGAGCAGAGGCUGUGGCAGAGUAUUUGAAGAAAGAUACAACCCAAGUCGAAAAGUUACUCCUUGAUGACAACAACUUUGCAGAUGAAGGGUCGAAGGUAUUGGCCGAAGCCUUCAAAAUGAACCAAUCCGUGAGAUAUCUCCAUCUUCGAGGUAACAAGAUUGGUUCAGCUGGGAUCCAGGACUUACUGCUUGCCGUUGUCGACAAUGACCUGUUACUUCUUGCGUUGUGUGGCAACGACUUGGGUCUUAAAGGAGCAGAGGCUGUGGCUAAGUAUUUGAAGAGAAGUGACACCCAUGUCUCAGACUUACGUCUUGACGACAACAACUUUGCAGAUGAAGGGUCGGAGGUAUUGGCCGAAGCCUUCAAAAUGAACCAACACGUGCAAUCACUCCAUCUUCGAGGUAACAAGAUUGGUUCAGCUGGAAUCCAGGCUUUGUCUGAGAUGCUGAAGACGAAUCAGACUCUUGAAUGGUUUGAUCUUAGCAACAACAACAUGGAUCUGGUGUGCCUCGAGGCACUGGCCACGGCAAUGUCGAAGAAUCGCCACAUCACUGAGCUCUACAUCUUUGCCGAAACCAAGGUCUUGAUGAAAAGCCCAGUGGACUCGACGGCAUAUUUCGGCUCUGCUGGAGAGAGCAAAUUGAUCAAGGUUCUCCCGAAUGAGCUGAUGUUCGUUUGUGUCACGAGUGCCAGCAAGCAUGCUUGGACGAUGAUUGUAGUUUGAUGUUGGGUCUUUCGAUUCAGGCCACUCUGCAGGCCCCUACCUUGCGCUCCGAU